AUCGUGAAAGUCGAUUGAAUGGGUGGUUUGAGUUUGCCUAACAAUAAGUAAAGCUAGUCGUCCAGACGUUUUAUACAGGUAACAUUGAAACAAUUGCGACGUUAACGUGUGUUCACGUUCAGUGCUAAUGACAUACAAAGUUAAGGACACAAGGACACUGGAAUUGGAACAGUUGCGAAGUUUUGUGAAAACGUUCCUUAAUAGUGAGGAUAUCCGGUAAUGGCGGCGUGGUAAUUUGAGUGGCGAUGGUCGAUGCUCCUCUUUCCGGGUACCGGCGUCCAUUUUCCUUGUUGGCUUGUCUAAGAUUGGCGCGUUUCCCAUUUACGAAGGAAUUGUUUGUCAACGAUUAAAUCACACAAUAAAUGGAGGGCGCGUCAGCUGGCAGAGGUGGAUUUCGUGGACGUGGUGGUCCUGGAGGUCCUAUGAGGGGACGUGGUGGUUUUGGAGAUAGAGGAAGGGGUGGACCUCCAAGAGGAGGAGGUAUGAUGCGUGGUGGUCGUGGCAGUGGACCUGGAGGUGGCAUGAGAGGUGGACCACCUGGAAUGAGAGGUAGAGGAGGUCCUCCUGGCAGAGGUGGUCGAGGUGGACAUUUUCCUCCAGGAGGUCCAGAAGGGGGAAUGUCCAGUGGACCCGGUGGUAGUGGACCUCCAGGAAUGGGAGGUCCGCCACGUGGUGGUAGUAGAGGCGGAAGCAGCGGUUUUCGCGGAAGGGGAAGGGGAGAUUUUGGCAGAGGAGACAGUCGCGGAGGCAGUAGUAAUUUCCGUGGACGAGGAGGAAUGGACAGAGGCAGUCGAGGAGGUUCCAGAGGUGGAUCGGGCAGAGGUGGUCCAGGAGGUAGGGGAGGAUUUGGAGAUCGUGGAAGCAGGGGGAGUGGACGUGGCGGUCCAUCGAAACGCGGAGGUGGUCCACCAGGUUCCAGUGGACCCUCCAAGAGGCCGAGGUUCGAUCAACCAUCUUCACAACCUGCAAAUGGUUACGCAACUCAAGCAACUAGUCAAGGAUACGGAGCCAGUAAUGCCUAUGGACAACAACCGGCACUGCAGCAACAAGCAAUGGGAUACAACAGUGGUUACGGAUCACACAAUUAUACUCAGUCGUCGUAUCAGGACUACGAAAGCUAUCAACAACCACCAGAUUACGGGCAAACAGCGGGAUAUCCACCAUCCGCUGCCGCUGAUAACAGGUACGGCGGAGCACCUGCUGUUCCAGCUGCAGGAGCUUUCAGUGCCGGCGAUCCCUACAGUUAUGGCAAAGCACCGCCAUCAGCUAAUUACCAGCAGGAGGCAGUGGCAGCAGUAGCAGGGUGUGGGGGUGCAGUUUAUGCCCCCGCUAAUCCCUACGAUGACCGAUCUUCUAAUUCCACUUCUAUGACCGACAGGGGUGGUUACUCGACGCAACCUUAUGAUUAUUCGAGUCAGGAUGGUGUAUAUGGAAAACAGGAUUAUGGUGGCAGUGCUGGUUACCAAAACGCCCAGUCUCAGCGACGUUAUUAAAUUACACAUUCAACUAUUUAAAUUUAUAUAUUAGAACCACACUUUUCCAAAUUCUCGAAAGAGUCGUUCCCAGUGCGUGAGAACAAGUUGGACAAAUAUCAAAUUUGUCACGACUAUACGAGUAGUAAAGUAAUAAUUGAACGAAGAGCGACUUUAACAUUAAGGAGGAAAGGAAAAGGAUUACACAGAAUGCACCGUAACGAAAUUUUCAAUCAUAUUUAAUCCUAUUUUUGUCGCGCGCAAGGGGAGAGAGAGAAAACUUCGUUAAGUUUGCGCGAGUUAGCGCAAAACUUUAUCGUUUUUAUCACGAUACAAAGUAUAAAUGACAAGAGCGUUUUAUACUUGACUAGCAGUAUAGCAUCUACUUUGUCAUGUUUGUCUAAAAACUUCGUUUAGAUUAAGUUUAAUUUGGUGUACAGUACAAUAGACCCUGAAAAAGCUGUCGCGAAACACUCGCUAAGAGAUGGCUGAAAGUACCACAAGUGCUCAAUGUGCGCGACAUGGAUGAACAGAAGACAUUCGCUGUCUACUGCUACGCAAUGCAAAUCAUAGGAGUGAGGUGUGCAUUUUCGUAAAGUGUACACAUAAGUGCACAUUUUUUCCUAUAAUCCGCAUCGCGUAACAUUCGACACGUUCACAUAGAACACUGUUACAUUGUGUCAACCCUUGGCGGCGUUAGUAUUUCGCGGGAGUUGUUUUGCGGCCCAUUAGACACACUUUUCGAGCAAAUCUGCGAUUGUGAAAUAAUUAGCUAUUAAAAUCGUAUAAUUGUCUUCAUUGUAAUAGCAAGGGCAAAAGAUAUUUACACUAUUUGUAAAGUCAUUGAACAGUCGAUCAUUGCGAACACAGCUCAAUUAUCGUUAAAGAAUUCUUAGGUGUAAAGAGAGAAAUAAAAACGAAAAAAAGGAAUAUGUCGUACGUCCUUGUUGUAAAAGGGAAAAGUAAUUGUAUUAUUGUGGUGUGUUUUCGUUUACAUUUAACAUAAAUCUAGAAAUUUCAAAUUUGUAUCGGAGUGUACUGCUCUUUUAUGCGUCAACAGUGCGAUUAUCGGUACUGAGAACAUUUUCGAACAAUAUAACAACCAUUUUUAUGAUGCAAUAAAAUCAGUCUUAUUGUUGCGAUGACAUCUCGUUUCGUACAUCUUUUAAUAUGGAAAGCAAUUCUGCGUAGAGGAUGCGUAAACGCUCUGCUUAGGGGUGACAAAGAAAGGUUUUGUGUUUUCGUUGGUACUUUGAAGAUUUCAUAACAUGACUUAGGGGCUUAUUUAAAAAAGUGUUUAAACGAUAAUUCAAUAUCACUAGAAAUGUCACACUGGCAGAGACAAUCAAAAACAAAAGCUCUAACGAUUCACAAGAAUGGACGUUUGUUUAUCAUGUUGAGAAAUAGUGUAAUUAUCCAAAGAUCAACGCGUGUAUGUAGUUGAAGAAACUUGUCCCAGCCAAUUGUGUACAUUAGAGUACAGCACCAUUUUAGUAGGGCAGGUAAUGAGACCCUAUUGUUUCGUUUAUUAUAUGAAUAACUAUAAAACUAUCUGAACUGUAUUAAAUUCAUUGUCGUCUGUCAUCAGCAUAGUGAUAUAGUGAAUCGAUUUAAUAUUGUAAGUAAUAGAGUAACAAUUUAAAUGAAAAAGAAACAUUGAAACAAAGAUAAUCAUAAAGAGAAAAAAACAAUAAUACUUUUUACAUUUAUUAUUUCCUCACCUUCAACAUAUAUAUGAGAAAUAACGGAUUGAACUUAAAAUGAAACUUAGCGAUGAAAAAUGAAAACCAGCAACUGCCGUAGGAAACCAGAUGUGCGUUAAAAUGAUUUCAACUUUUAAAAGAGCGCAAUCUAUUCGUACGAUUAACGUAGGUAUGAGCAUUUAUUAAGAAACGAAUUCUUUUGUAACUGUUUCAAUGAAAAAAAAAAAGAGAACAAAGAACUAUCCGUCCUUGUUUUGUUACAUAUAGUUUCAUCAAAGAGUAUUUUCUAUCCAGAAUGAAACAUUAUUCGUGUGGAAAAUUCUAGGUAUAUGAAAAACUUGACAAAAACUAAGUUUAUUUCACAGGCGUAGCAACAACCUGAGAUACUUAGCGAACAGAAUGAAAGAAAGAGAGAGAAUACCUUCCCUCCAUUACCAGCAAGGAGAUAAACAUACAAUAUUAUACGAAUAAAUGACGACUAUACGAUAAAGUUAUUAUUGACCGAUGGCACAGGUACCACUAUAUAUAAUGAAAUCUAGAAAAUGUUUCUUCCUUUAGAGUAUCAUAGUACUUUUUCAUUAAUUAGAAUCCUUUAAUUUAAUUUUCUAACGAGUAUUUGAUCUGUACUAAAUAGUAUUUGAUCUUUUUUAUACGGUGCACCCAAUUUUUUUCCAUUCAAAACAUGUCACAAUUCUUUUGGAUGUAAAUAGUAAGCAAUCAGUAUAUCUGUUGUCUUCUAAGUUACUGCGUACAAAAUUCAGUCACUGCUCGUGCGUACGUAUGCAUACAUAUAUGUAUACAUAUAUAAUAUACAUAUACAGAGAAAACACGUUUAAAAAGAAAAGCGAACAAACGUUAAGUAAUCAUGGAAAAGCACGCAAGAAUUAACAAAUUAAACCUAUGCUAACAUGUAUUACGCUCGUAUAUAUUAAAAAACAAAUGUUCGAGUAAACCUCAACCCGAAUUCAGGUGAGUAAAUAUAAAUCUAUCCGUUUUCAUAAAAAAAAAAAAAAAAAGAACCUAUCAAACUUAUUGCAGAACAAAAAUGUUAGCAAGGAUAAAGUCUAAAUAGAUCUGCAUUUAUCGAGUGUAAAGUGGAAUCAUUGAGAAAUGUAGAAAGCAGUUUCAGUGACUGAUCAAAACAUAUUUCUAUCAAUAGGGAUACGAGUAUUAUAAUUGUAAUCUACUAUUUUUAGUUUUACUACCGUUGAAGAUAAUCAUCUAAUAUUAACGAUGGGCAAAAUUCGUAUAUACUUAAUCCGUUAGGAGUUGAAUAAAACGUAGAAUCUUAGCUAUAGAAUGAAAUUAUAUAUAAAAUUAAAUUCGUAAUAUUACGUAUUAUGCAGCGUUGCGAACGAAUGACAAUGUUCUGCUUUCAUUUGUCAUGAAUUUAAUAAAGUUUUGUCCAUCUCUGUCAAAUCUAUCUCAUAGGUACACAAUAUCUGGUAUAAGUUUGAUAAACAAUAUACUUUCCUUUGGUAACCUUUGAACCGCUUUAUACAUGCGAUACCUGCAGUAUUGUAUGUCGUAACGAUGAGGUAGCGAUUGAAAGAGAUACUCUAUUUGAAAUUUUUGUAAAAGUGAAAAUUAUUCGAUAAAAACCGAGUACAAUCUGUUGUGACCUUAUAAUCAAAGAUAAAAUGAAGAGCAGGGAAGGAACGUACCGAAUACCUAUGAAAAGAAGUCUAAGAAUGUUUUUAAAUAAUAACAGAGUAUAAUAUGAUUGAAAUAUUGGAUAUAAGCGCAUUAGGCAAUAGGUAUAAGGUAUCUGUAAGAUUUCAUUCCUUCUGUUGCCUUUUAUAAUUUUCUAAUUUCUUAUUAUUAAUUUCUCUAGGUUGAUAACAACUGUGCCGUCAUACUACCAAUGAACGAGCCAAGCAACAUCUGCCACAUGACUGGCAUCAACGUUGUUCUCGAAGAGGAUUCCAAUGACAUUUCGAUGGAAAAUAUUGUAUUAAGGUACUAAUAUACAUUUGAACCGACAUUUGAAACCGACUGUGAUACGAUUUGUGAUUAAAAAAAAAAGUAUAUUUUUACAAAUAAAAGGUACAAUUUAUACAAAUUCACUCGGAAAUAAUUUUCGGGCUGUAUAUAAACUCAUAAAGUACUUUGUGAACUUUCUUCUGUUUCGUUUAUUUAUAUUUUGUGUUUGACAUUAACAUUGAAUAUAAAUGUUGUAAACAAUAUAAAAAAAUGUAAAAAACUGAAAAAUAUAUUUUCUAUUCGAAGUCUGUA